UUGAAGCUAACCGGAAGUGCAGCGGGCUAAUGGCGGCGGUGAAACGAGCGGAUGUUUGUUGCGCUUUCAGGAUCAUGAUGGUUCCGAUGCUUCUUCUUCUUCCUCUGCUGUGUUUCCCGUUUCACUCCUCGGCCAAGAGGAACGACAGACCCAUCGUGGGGGUUCUGGCUCAGGAGGUUUUUUCACCCGAACCUAAUCGAAGCUCGUACAUCGCUGCUUCCUAUGUGAAGUUCCUGGAGGCGGCGGGAGCGAGGGUCGUCCCCGUCAUGAUUAACCAGACCCUGGAGGAGUACCAGGCCCUGUUCAACUCCAUUAAUGGGAUCCUUUACCCAGGCGGGGGGGUCAGCAUCAUCUCAUCUGGUUAUGAACGAGCUGCAAAAAUCUUUUAUGAGCUUGCUCUUCAGGCAAACAGCAGAGGCGACUACUUCCCUGUGUGGGGAACGUGUCUCGGGUUUGAGCAGCUGAUGUAUUUGACGAGUGGGAAGACAUUACUGACGCACACCGAUACAAGUGGUGUGUCACUGCCUCUGGACUUCACUAACGAAACCAAAGACAGCCGGCUGUUUAAAGGCUUCCCAGCUGAACUCAUGAACGAUCUGGCCUCUGAGCCCCUGACAGAAAACUCUCACAAGUGGAGUCUGGCCAUGUUGACUUACAACACCAACGAGGAACUGAAGAAGUUUUACAAAGUUCUCUCCACAAACACGGACGGCAAAAUCGAGUUUGCGUCAACAGUGGAAGCGUAUGAUUACCCAAUUUAUGCGACGCAGUGGCAUCCAGAGAAAAAUGCAUUUGAAUGGACGAGGCCUUACAUUCCACACACUCCAUCGGCCGUCAAGACCAGCUUCUACAUGGCCGAGUUCUUCGUCAGCGAAGCCAGGAAGAACUUUCACAGCUUUGAGUCCGAGGAGGGGGAGAACAAAGCGCUGAUAUACAACUACAACCCCGUUUACACUGGGCACCAGAGCGCCUUCGAGCAGACAUAUUUCUUCUGAUGUCGCUUUUCCACAUUGAGCCGCUGAUUGGCUGCAUUAUCACUUGUGAAUCUUUAAAGGUAAUUCUUCUUUUUUUUUUAUUUGCUGCCUUAAAUGGAAAAAGGAUAUAUUUGCAAAAACAUGUGCAGCAUCAAUCUUGAUGCAGUGUAGGAUUUAAAAUUACUCAGAUGAUGUUUUGUGGAUUCUUUAGCUCGUUCACAGCUGAUAUUACUUUUCCAUAGCAGACAAUGCAUGUAGCAGCAUUUUUAGGAAUUUUAGCCUGAAAGUUUUUGUGUUGAAUUUCUUGAAUUGGUGCAUUGUGAUGCUGACAUUCCAAAAAGUUAUAACAGUGAUAACCUGUAAAUGUUGCAUUGGGUUCUGCUGCUUCCUAUCGAGGCCCACAAGUGUCACAGAAAUUGCAACAAAGCAUUUAAUGAAUUAUUAAUUAGUUUUAACAUAAAAUAUUUCAAAGUCUAAAAUUGGAUGUAAAUUAUAAACUA